AUGGCAGGUAUUAGUCAAAGUGACAAUGAUAACCUAACAAAGGAGUCUGAUGAAGUUCAUGAAAUGUUUUGUGAGCAGUGCGAUGAGCAUGGUGCGUACGCGGUCGCUUGUGUAUUUUGCGUGGAUUGUCAGGAAUACAUGUGUGAUGUGUGUAUGGUGUACCAUAAAAGAUACCUGCCCGGUCAUACCCAACAGGAUAAAUACACCAUGCCUCAGGAUUUCUGCCUUGAAAAAUGUGAUAAUCAUCAAGAAAAGGUAAUCAAAUAUUUUUGUCAAAAAUGCAACAAGUUUGCCUGUGCAAAAUGCAAACAAGAAGACCAUAAAAGCUGCAACCUGGGUCAUAUUCCCUCCCUAAUACAUGGCAACGUUCUUGAUGUCAGCAGUGAGAUGAUUAGUUUAAUGGACAAAAUUGAUAAUAUGUCUAAAACACUGGAUGAAACGAAAGAAAAAAUAAACCAAAACUUUUCUAAAGUUCUUUCUCAAGAAAAAGACGCAAAAUCUAGAAUUAAACAGGGCAUUGUGGAAAAGAAAAAGAAUUUCAAGAGAAAAAUGGAUGAGGUGAUUAAUGCAUUUGACAAAAGAAUGGAUGAAAUUAUAGCAAAGCUUAAAGAAGAAAGGCAUGAAAAGGUGACUUGGCUUGCUGAACAGAAGAAAAUAUUUGAAAGAAAACUCAGUGAAGGGGUAGAAACAGUAGAAUUUGAAAUAGGAAAGUUUGUAGUAGCAGAUCAAGCGAAAUUAAAUGCCCUUCAACAAGAUUGCAAGGAAGUUACACACGAUUUAAAGUCACUGAGGUAUGAUCUAGAACUGAAACGGAAUAUUGGCCAACUAGGCAAUAUCUUUGUAACAUUUAAAAAGAUGCAACCAGACAUUAUUAAAUGCCAAGAAAAAAUGAAAUUUUUGAUUGAAAACAAUAAAACCAGUGACUACGAAAUUGAUUCCGAAGACGUUUCCUUGACUUUAGAACCUAAUAUUUUAACACAUAGUGUCUUUACCAUAGGUAAAGUUGUCGAUUCAACAGACGACAAGGUAGCCAUUAUCCCGAAUAUGGAUCUAAUAUUGCAGAGUGAAGAAAAGCCAAAGCUUGUAACAUUUUCCAGUUUAUGUGUUCUGAGUGAAAAUAAACUUGUAGUUGCAAGCUACAAGCAUAAUUGUCUCUUUAUAAUCAAUGAUUUGACUAAAAUCACACCAGCAAAUGCUGUAAAUCUGUCUUCAAAUCCAUGGGGCAUUAAAAAAAUCACAGCUGAUCAAGUUUCUGUCACAUUUCCGGAUGCCAGAAGCGUCAAAUUUCUGACCAUUUCUGCUGAAACCAUGAACUUAAACCCCAAAAGUUUGCGCAUGGGAGGAAAUUGCUAUGGCAUAGCAUGCACUGGUGAACAUUUAGUCGUUUCUUUCCUUUAUCCAGCAGAAAUCAGAGUUAUAAACUUCGAUGGGAUCGUUAUAAAUCAUCUCGUUAGACCCAGUGACGGACGGAUUUCAUUCAGAUCUCCCCUCUGCAUAACAUUAAACGUAGACCAUUCCGCGUUGUACAUAUCGGACAGCGAGACUAACACAGUUACAUGUAUGACAUUAGAAGGAAAGGUUAAGGCCAUCUACAAAGAUGAUCAGCUGACAAGCCCUUUACAUAUGGCAAUUGACGGGACUGGAUUAGUUUACGUUUGUGGACGAACAUCAAAUAAUAUUCAUCAGUUGUCUUCUGAUCUCAAAAAAGGAAUAGUACUUCUCGACAGACAUGAACUUACAAGUCCAACCAGUGUGGCAUAUUGCACGAAAAGAAAACGUCUUUAUGUGGGCAUUAAAAAUGAAAAUAUUGUCAAGGUUUUUAAAAUAAAAACAGUCCAAGAUGUUGAAACUUUUGAACAAAUAUGA